CAAGAAGUUGGUGCUGGUUCGCGUGGGCCGAUGGGGUCCGGUGUCCCGCGGGUGAGAAACAGCAGCGCCCUUGGCGUGGUCCCUGCGAGCUCGGUUGCUGAAUUGUCGGCAUCUUUGUAAGAGUUGGAUGCCUCCAGUGACAUAUGGAUGUGCUGCACACGUUGCCUGUGCCCCGUGCAAGGUCAAGUGCUUGGAAAGAAGCCCAGACAGCUUCCUGGCUCAGGAAAUGUGGACACAGUGAGCAGGACAUUGGGGUGAUGGAGAGAAAAGAGGACUGACCCACGCGGCGUGCAGGGGAUGAAGCAGCAGCACUGGACUACUUUGCUUGCUGUGGUAGGAAUGCAAACUGGUGAUGGAUUUUGAUCUGACUGGUACACUAGGAUGUCUACAGGGGACAAUUUUAAGUCCUUGUAUGCCACAAUCCACCAGGACUAAAGAUGAAGGUAAAAUUUCUGAUACAAAAGCAGAAAACAGCCUGAGAGGUUCAUAAAAAGGCCAUAGAAAACCCAACUUUAGUUGCAGCAGUAUUGUUGAAUUCAAGCCUGAACCAGAAGAAACAGCCUUUAGCAGAUGAUGCUUUAAUCUCCCUUUGGCAUCUCCCUGCCAGUUGCCAAUGCAGCCAUGUGCACAUCUGAGAACAAAUUUUCUAGAUCAGCACUGGGAGGAUUCAGGCUUGUGCAAGCUGGUUUCUCCUCUAGUUUAUCUGCCUACUUGAAAAUCGUGUGGCUGGUUCACGAACAGAUUUGUCUCUGGUAUUGCUUUUGCAAGCACACAGCCUUAGAUGGCCACUGGGGCUCGAGUGGUCUUGCAUCUGCAAAGGGAGAGCAGAAAUGCUUCCUGUGUCUGGAGAAGUACAUGAAGAGAGAGGUGUUGAGGGAGCUGAAGUGCUAAGGAGCAAACUUCUGGGAAUGCUCUGCACAUGAAAACACUCCAUGAAUCAGUUAUAAAUGAGACUGACCUCUCAUCCAUCCAUCCGUCCAUCCAUCCGUCCAUCCAUCCAUCCAUCCAUCCAUCCAUCCAUCCAUCCAUCCAUCCAUCUCCUUCCUUAUUCCAAAAAUUGGGCUGCUCCCUAUCCUGUCUCACGUGGGAGGUGAUACUGAUGAGCAGAAAAAAGACUGAAAAUACCUGCAAAGACAGGCAGAAAUCGGUAUUUCAGAAGAUGACGACUUUUAAUGGAGUCUGUGUCAGAGCCACAGCUUUGAUGAUAACAGCACCCCGGCCAGCAAAUGCUCUGAGCCUGAUUUACAGCACCAUCAGCAGGCGCUGCCUUGUGCCGCUUGUGGAGGGGCUAAGGGAGGGCACAAGGGGAGCAAACAGCAUUUUGCCAUGCCACGCUUUGCACGGGCCGUGGAAGUCGUGUCGGUGUGAUGGAAGUGGGCGAGAGGAGCUGCUGGAGGCGAUGCUUCGGCCCCGGAACGAGCCGGGCACCGCAGCCGCCGCCUCGCUCCCUCCCCUCGGCAUCCUUCCCGCUGCCCCCCGGGCACCUCCCGGAGGCUGCUGCCCCUCGGUGACAGCCCCGGGAUGCCCGGCGGGCGCGGCGCGGCUCCGCCCCGCGCGGGAGGCGAACGAGGGUUGUUCUGGCUGCCCUUUGGAGCUGGGAGUGCUCCGCUCCCGCCGCCAUUGCUUCUUCCUCCCCAGCGUCCUUCCCGGCAGGAGGUGCCGGUGGCCGGGUUUUAGGGAGCGAUGACAGCGGUGCGGAGAGAGGCGUUCGGGCGGAUGCCCCCGGAGGAGGGAGGCGGAGAGGUGGAGAAGUUCGUCUUACAGUCGGACAGCGUGAGAGUGGAGAUCCUGUCUUUUGGGUGCAUCAUCGCCACUCUGGAGACAAAAGACAGGGAUGGGCAGUUUUCAGAUGUUGUCCUAGGAUUUGACACUUUAGAAGGUUACAUGAGGAAGCACCCGUUCUUCGGUGCUGUCGUGGGCCGUGUUGCCAACAGGAUUGCAAACGGGAGGUUCAGCCUGGACGGGAAGGAGUAUCAGCUGUUCCUCAACAACGGGCCCAACAGCCUGCACGGAGGAGCCAAGGGAUUUGACAAGGUUCUCUGGAGUGCCCAGGUGCUCCCAAAUGGUGUCCGCUUCUUCCGGCUCAGCCCCGAUGGCGAGGAAGGCUACCCUGGUGACCUGAAAGUCUGGGUGACCUACACCCUUAGUGGCAGGGAGCUGGCCAUCAACUACCAGGCCCAGACCAGCAAGACAACCCCCAUCAGCCUGACAAACCACGCGUACUUCAACCUGGCGGGGCAGGGCUCCCGGGAUGUCUAUGACCACGAGAUCUCCAUUGAAGCAGAUUCCUACCUGCCUGUGGACGACACCAAGAUCCCUACUGGGGAGGUGGCCGCCGUGCAGGGCACUGGCUUUGAUCUCCGGCAGCCUGUGGAGCUGGGCAAGCACUUGCAGAAGUUUCACCUGGAUGGCUUUGACCACAACUUCUGCCUGCAUCAGGGGCAGGAUCGACGCCUUGUGGCCAGGGUUUUCCACCCGCCCACCGGCAGGACCAUGGAGGUUCACACCACCCAGCCUGGCAUCCAGUUUUACACCGGGGACAACCUGGAUGGCUCCCUGAAGGGCAAAGGUGCUGCCACGUACCCCAAGCACUCGGCUUUCUGCCUGGAAACCCAGAACUGGCCUGAUGCCAUUAACAAGCCUCACUUCCCCAAUGUCCUGCUCCAUCCGGGUGAGGAAUACAACCACACCACGUGGCUUGUGUUCAGCACUGCUUGAGGAGAAGGGCUGCUGACUCCCAGCACUGAGAGGGGACUUGCACUUCGUUGAGGGCUUCCUGAUGGUGAACGGCUGAAAGGAAAACAAUCCACAAUUAACAUUUCAUUACUUGGGAAUCACAAAUACAGGAAAAAGCAACAGGAGUAUACCAGACUCUGGCUCUCUUUAAGAACUUUUUGAACAAAAUAACCAAUCACUACCGACAAAAGUUAACAGGUUGAUAAUCUGGAGAUAACACUUUUUUUCUUUACUGUUAUUUUUAAAAUGAGAUCACUGUAAGGCCAUCUAAAGGGUAUUACUUAUAGUGAUCUCCAAAGGAGCAAGAUACUUCUUCACUGUUCUGAUACAGCAGCUUGUCAAAACCUAUCACGGUGAUCACUCAACAUUUAUGAGUAUUCUUUGAUGCCCUUGUGAUUGUUUGACACUGAAGUUGUAAAAAUGAUCUAUUAAAGAAUUCUAAU